AUGGUCAAGCCGAUAAUAGACCUUGCUAGCCCUUUGGCUUACACGCCGGCUGAGACAGCGGAGCUCAUCUGCCGGGCUGGAGUAAAGAAGGGAAGAUCAAGGCCAGAUAAAGUGUUUCUGUCUGGUAUUUCCGGUGGCUGUAUUCUUGCCUUUGGAUGUGCUGUGUCAUUGACGGCGAUAACGGCACCGUGGUAUCAAGAAAAUGCACCUGGUCUUGUUAAGCUCAUUGGAGCACUUGUGUUUCCAUUGGGGUUGGUCACUGUAAUAUUGACUGGUGCUGACCUGUUUACUUCAACAAACUUGUUCACCUUUGUUGCCGUUCUCAACGGAAGACUAUCAAUAUGGCGGAUGCUGCUUCACUGGUUCCUUUGUUUCUUUGGAAAUCUUGGAGGCUGCCUCUUUAUUAUGGCAAUUAUCGUUGGAUACGGUGGCAUUUUCGACUCUGACCCCUACCGGGAAGAAAUCAUCGCUUUUACAACAAAGAAGCAACUCGUCCCCGAAGCCCACCAAAUAUUCCUUCGUGCUAUCGGAUGCAACUGGCUCGUCUGCCUUUCAUGUUUCCUCGGCGUGCAAGCAAAAGACUUGACUUCGAAAGUGGUUGGCAUGUGGAUUCCUAUCUUUGCCUUUGUUGCUCUAGGCUUCGACCACGUUGUUGCAAACAUGUUUUUCAUGCCUUUGGGAAUCUGGAUGGGAACACCAGGGUUGACUACUGGACUGUACAUAUGGAAGGGCAUGAUUCCUGCUCUUUUUGGCAAUAUCAUUGGCGGUAGCUUAUGCUGCGGUGUGUAUUUCUGGUGGAUGUAUCUCGCAGAUGUAGAUGAUAAUGAGGAAGCUGACGAGAAAGCUAUUCUGCAUGGAAGCGGACAUGAAAGUCCUGCAGAUGAGGAGAGUCAGAUGGAAACUCGAUAG